AUGUCUUUUGAACAACAACAACAACAACAGCAGCAGCAGCAGCAACCACCUAUCGAACAAAAUAAUAGUUUACAUAUAAGCUUUAGUCCAGAUAUAAUGGAUAAUUAUGAAGAAAAUUCUAAUUAUUAUGCUCCACUUACUCAAACCAUCAGUAACAACAACGACAUCAUCGUCUCUCCUUCUAAUUCUCAACUUGACUAUACUAAUUUCCCAACUACUACCUCAUUUCGUCCAACGAUAGACAAUUAUUCUUUAUCUCAUGAUAUUAAUGAUCAAUCGGGCUCUCAUGACUCGGAAAAAAUUGUUGAAGUUUCGCCUAAUGAACGUUAUGUGAAACUCAAUACUUUACUCGGUAAGGGGGCUUAUAAAGUCGUCUAUAAGGCUAUUGACCGAGAGGAAGGGUAUGAGGUCGCUUGGAAUACAAUGCAACAGACUUUACAUUCUCCAAACAACAAGGACCUCGAACACGAAAUUCAAAUUCUAAAGUCAGUUCGUCAUCCAAACAUCAUUGCAUUUCAUGAUGCCUGGUAUGGUGACAAUGAAUUCAUCUUUAUUACUGAACUUAUGACGUCGGGAACCUUGCGUGAGUAUAUCAGGAAAUUGACUCCUUUACCCAACCUCAAGAUCAUCAAACGUUGGUCACGCCAGAUUUUAAAAGGUUUAGCUUAUUUGCAUGGUCAUAACCCACCCAUUAUUCAUCGGGAUAUCAAGUGUGAUAAUAUCUUUAUUAAUGGAGCACAUGGUGAAGUGAAGAUUGGUGAUAUGGGUACAGCAGAGAUGAAAUUAGGUAAGAAAUAUACAUUGAUCGGAACUCCCGAGUUUAUGGCCCCAGAAAUGUAUGAGGAACAAGGGUAUAAUGAAAAAGUCGAUAUUUAUGCCUUUGGAAUGUGUUUAUUGGAAAUGGCCACUGGGGAAUAUCCUUAUGGAGAAUGUAAGAAUGCUGCUCAAAUUUAUAAAAAAGUGUCAGCGGGCGUUAAACCUGUUUGUUUAAUGAAAGUACAAAACCCUGAAGUCUUAAGUGUCAUUGAAAAUUGCCUAAGUAGUGAAGAUGAACGUAUGUCUGCACAAGAGAUUCUAGAACAUUCAUUUUUAGCUGUCGAACCAGAUGUCGUUCUCCUCGCCGCUGAUCCAGAUAAUGUUCAUCUUACGUUACAAGUCGUUUUCAAAGGGAUGGAUAAACUUUCUGUUAAAUUUGAUUUCAAUGUAGAGUCUGAUACAGCAGAGGAAGUGGUGCGAGAGAUGAUUGAAGAACAAGUUUUACCAGAACGUUAUCAACAUCAUAUCACAAAGGAAAUCAAUCGUAUCUUGAGAGAUAUCGAUAAACCAUCCGAGUCAGAACAGGCAGAACAAGUCAGAAGGUCAGUUUGGCGAAGGGAAAGUGAUAUCCGCAGUGAAUUAGAGAGAACACGUCAGGAUUUGAAUCAUGCUACGGAUCGUGUACAUGAGAUUGAACAAAAAUGUGAAGAUUUUGAAAAUAGGGCAAGGGCGGCUGAAAAUCGAUAUCGUGAAGCUCUGAGGAAUUUAAGAGAUCUGGAGGAACUAAGAUCACCCACUUCUACACUUGUGGAUGAUGAAUACCACCUUACAAAGAAACCUUUGUUAUCGGAUACCUUGGCUAAUAUGACCAUUUCAUCUAGUCAUAAUGGGCAUAUGCUGGAUGAGCGAGAAAGAGAAAGACUUGUAAAUCAUAUAUUAGAUGGUAAAUAUAUACUUUACAAUAGGAUUGAUUUCCUUUUCUCUCCUUCCCUCUCUCUCUCUCUCUCCAUAUACAUAUACAUAUACAUAUACAUAUAUAAAUUGUAUAUCUAA